AUGGUGGCUUGGCCAGUUCCGAUCCAGCCGGACAGCUCAUUCACUUUGGCUAGUUUGCCGUAUGGAAUCUUCAGUACUUUGCAUUGUGAAGAAAAGCGAGUGGGAGUAGCCAUUGGCGACUUCAUCGUCGACCUUCCCGUCAUUGAACGCUCGCCUGGCUUUAAGGUCAUCCUACAACGCCUUGAGAACGGACAUAACGGCAGCUCCACCUUCAGUCAUGGGGACCUGGGCAAUUUUGCGGCGCUUCCUGCGCCUACGAGAAAGCGUUUCCGUCAGCAGCUCAUUGACUGGCUCAAUGACCGCAAUUCGCCCCUCUUCCAGGAUGCCAGCUUGAACACGGCCGCCUUUGUGCCCAUGAAGGAUGCGACGAUGCAUUUACCGUUUAAUAUUGGAGAAUUUUCUGAUUUUUCGUGCUCGGAUGUCCAUGUUUCCAACUGUACCAGAUUGGCUGGUGCACCCACUCCGACAAACCAUUACGCUAUGCCCAUCGGCUACAAUGGCCGCGCAUCGUCAGUCGUCAUCGACUCAGCGCCGGUCCAUCGACCAUAUGGCAUCAUCAAAGACAAGGAAACGAAUACUUUCGCAUUCAAGCCCAGCGAGAUGAUGGACUAUGAGGCCGAACUGGGAAUAUUCAUCUCCCAGCCAGUGCCAGCUGGAAAAAUCAUCACUGCUGAUGAGGCUGAGGACCAUAUAUUUGGCUUUGUCGUCUUGAAUGACUGGUCCGCGAGAGAUAUUCAGUUCUCCGAGAUGACCCCGCUUGGGCCUUUCAACGGCAAGGCUUUCGCAACUAGCAUCUCACCCUGGGUCAUCCCGAUCGAAGCUUUCGAGAGGGCACGAUGCUCUUCGUCUUCAGUGGAUUUACGUGAGGGUGGGUCUGCCGGUGCAUGGCAUUUGAGUCAUGCUAAGGCUGAAUCCACUUGGGAUAUUGAAUAUGAGGUUUCCGUCAUCCAUAGAGUUCCCAUGCUGACGACUCGCUCAAAUCUCCGUGAUCUUCGUUGGUCUCCCGGCCAGAUGGUGGCGCACCUCGCUUCGUCAGGCUGCGGCUUGAACACGGGUGACCUCAUUGGUACCGGUACCAUUUCAUCUCCUGAUGACUCUCCUAUGCUCCGUACUCUCGGUUGCCUCUUCGAGCUGACAGAAGCCGGCCAAGUUCCCGCUGGUCAACAUGAGGGGGAGAUGCUAACUUUCCUGGAGGACGGAGAUGAGGUCGUGAUGACAGUCAGGGCUGGUGGAGGUUCCGUAAGCUUAGGAACACUACGUGGCCAGCUGCAAACGCCCAGAGAUAGUCGGACAACGCUGUAG